UGCGAAUAGUACGAUUUGUGUUGCUCUGUAUAGUAUAAUACUUCGAAGGUACAGUAGUAUUGAUUUGGCCCAUGUGCUCUCUGUAAAUAAUUUUAGUAUAAUAUUUUUGACUGUCUAAGUUAUGGCUAUUCUGACUACAACACGACUUCCGAACUAUGCAAAGGCUUUUGCGGUGUGCAUAGUUUUGAUCAUGUGUUUGAUGUUCGUAUACUUCAGAGGGUUACUAGCAGAACAAGAAUCGAAGGUCAAAACGAGAGAUCAACAAUUUGAACAAGAAAACAUUAAGGUUAAAUCUGUGGACAAAGAAGUAUGGCUGCCACAGACAACUUUAGAAUUACUUGGAAAACUUACCCAUUUGAAAGACGUUUAUAAUUACACAGAUGCUGAUGUGAAGCACAUUACUGAAACACUUAAAUUUGCAGUAGAUGAGAUGUCUGGUUUUAUGAGAAAAUCUGGAAGACCAUAUUUUCAACAUUGUGUAGGUAUGGCAGGUUGUUUACUUGAUAUUGGAGCACCGCUUAAUCAUGCGCUAUCAGGUCUUCUCCACUCCAUUUAUGUAUUUGGUGCACAGGCACAGGCUGUUACAAAUGCUGAUGACGUUUGUGUAUUACGCAAAAAAGUUAUAGAAGUCGUUGGUCUUGAAACGGAAUACUAUGUAUGGGGCUACACUGUCUAUCCGCGAGGAAAUCUCGAUGACAGCGCUGUGCAGAUUGCAAGAGAAGCUUUAGAUAAAGGACUAUAUGAAACUACAAAAAUGGGUCCAAAAUUGAAAGAUGCUGUGUUGGGUCAUUUCUGUAAUGAGCUCGACGAAUUCCACCAACUUGAUCAAGUGUACUCGGGGAAUCGCAAACGAAGUCCAGCUUUUAGGGAAAAUGCUACGCAUAUCUUAAACAAAUUAGGCUACCCCGAUCUUGCAGAUAAACUACUUACCUUGUAUUCGAAACAAGAUCAAAUAGACAUUCCUAAUACAGAAACUGAUAAACAGCAUACGAAGACAGUUAGGGAGUUUUCACAACAUUUACACCAAGCGUUUGGUUCAGAUCCAAAAUAUGGUGCCAGACCAAGAAAGUUUCAUAGAAUUUUGAAUUUUGACAAAGUUGCUGUACAUGAGGUUAUGGAGAACUUUGAUAAGCAUUAUGCAGAGGUGGAGAACUUGUGUCCAGAUAUACCUCUGUAUAAACCUUAACUAGUGUGAAGCCCAGUGGCUAGUAGAUGGCUAAUUAGUGACAUAAUAAUGUAUUGGGGAAAGUUGAUUGGCGUUAUGCAUGCCGAGGUAGAGACCAUGUGUCGAGAUAUACAAAAUUGUACCUCUGUAUACGCCUAAAGUAUGAAGCCCAGAGGCAAGAAUGAGGCUAAUUGCAGAACUUGUGUUGCAGGGUAUGUGGAAGAAUAUAUGGUAUAUGGGUUUUCAGUAAACUUAAUAAUUUCAAAAAAGAUUAAAUACGAUACAGAUCCCGAGGAGAGUGGUACUCCACACCUUAGAUGAACUUGUGUGAGUAAAAUGAUUGAUUUCUUUGCUUGUGAGGCAAGUUGACUUUUAGGCGGAGACCGGGAAAUUCUUCUAGAUAAUAAUCUUUGGUGGAUCUAGACUAACAAGGGGCACAUUUCAAGUCAUAAGAAAUUCAGGCCAAAUUUUGAUAAUUGGACCUUAAACAAAUAUUGUUCUUGGCCCAUCCUAUGGGUUGGGCUCUUCACCAGUCGGCCGGUGAUAGGACAAAAACAGAACC